UUCAUUUUCUGAAGGGACGAGGAAAAUCAUGGCGGCGGCUUCUUCCUCAGGCCCGAGUAGGCCCGACGAAGCCGGGCAAGUACCCGGCCCGGCCCCGGUACUUCAGUACAGCCUCCUGCUGGAGCACUUGGUGGGCGAGAAGCGCGGGCCGAGGCAGGCGCAGGCCUUCGACCCGGCCGCCCUCGGAGGCUUCCCGGCGCCGGCAAAGAGCCCCGAGCAGAAGAUGGUCGAGCGGGCCAUGGAGAGCUGUGGCUUCAAGGCGGCCCUGGCCUGCAUCGGAGGAUUUGUGCUGGGGGGUGCCUUCGGCGUGUUCACAGCCGGCAUCGACACCAACGUGGGCUUCGACCCCAAGGAUCCGUACCGCACCCCGACAGCCAAAGAGGUCUUGAAAGACAUGGGGCAAAGAGGGAUGUCCUAUGCCAAGAACUUCGCCAUCGUGGGCGCCAUGUUUUCCUGUACCGAAUGCCUGGUGGAGUCCUACCGAGGCAAAUCCGACUGGAAAAACAGUGUUAUGAGCGGGUGCAUCACAGGAGGAGCCAUUGGCUUUAGAGCUGGCCUAAAAGCAGGUGUCCUCGGGUGUGGGGGCUUUGCCACUUUCUCUGCGGUGAUUGACUAUUACUUACGGUAGCCACCCCAGCCGGCGGUGAGGAAGGACUUCCUAGCGCAAACUCUGCAGCAGGCGCAGUUAGCGCCCCUUUUUCCUGGACCGCCAGCCGUGGGAGAAAGACGGAAAGCAUCGGGACCUGUGUCCUAGAAGGAGAUGGGCAGGCAUCCAACCCGUGGGCAGAGUCAAGUGAGUAAUUCAAGCCAAGCGCUGGUCCAACAUUGUUGGGAGAGGAGUAACUGAGGACUACGACAGACGCCCUCCAUUCCUCCUGCUGCAUUUGCUGUGGCGAUUUCUACCUGCUGCAACGUUACGGCAGCACACAGAGGGACUUGUAGCUUUGCUACUGCAGUUUGGGAUUCAGGAGAAACAGAAAUACAACUUUUUCCAGGCACUGUAAAGUGUUUUGAUACUAAUAAAACGGGAACAAUCUUC